ACGAACAGUGUCUCAAAAUUCUCUCUGUUUGGAAAAGUUCUAUACAGUUGAAUAAGGAUAAAAUCAAUGAGGCUCAAUAGAAACUAACCAAAAAAUAUGGAUUUAACAGAGUCUGCUAAGCUUUCUAUAGGUUUUUUGAGCCACCCUAUAGAAUUCAAUAGCAGGGAUAGAAUUCUUUGUUCAGUUCUGUAAGCUGUUUCUUAAAAAUCUAUAGAAAGUCUGUGAUUUUUGUUCUAUUAAAUUAGAUAAGACUUUGCCAUAGGAGUUUACAGAGCUAACAAAGACAGAAAUGAAGGGGUUCAGGAAAGGAGAAAAGGGCUACUUUACUAAAAAGCUCCCUAACCUGCUUCCAUAGACAAAUGGGAGAUUAGGCACUAGAAUAAUGUUUUUCAGGUCAGACUGAAAAAUAAUUUGAGCAGCAACUCACAAUGCUUUGUGGGAAAACAUAUAUUUUAAGAACAUAAUAAAACCUGCUGGAUGUGCAAUGCAUUUGUGUGUACUCAUUCUGAAUAACAGCAGGAAUCCAUUCAUUAUCUCCUACAUAUGGGGAAAUGAGUUGUAUACUCUCCUGAAUGAUGUACAGCAGAAGUUCUCAUGGCAUCAACUUCACCAACACGAGUGCUCUGUCUGUGUGGCUGUGACUGGCCAGCCAAAACUCCCUGACAGACGAGGAUAAGAAGGGUCAUGAACGGUGGGGGUGCCUUGGAGAGAUUUGUAUUCCAAGACUGAAUCUAAUUCUAUGUCCACCGAUUUCUGUCUUUCUUUCAAAUCCUAAAUUUGGGAUCUGGCCCUCUCUUCUUGGAAUUGUUUCCUUUAUCAGCAGAGGGCUAUUUAUCUGAAUCUCUCCUUUUCUAAACCUCCAUUUUCCCAUUUUCUUUCCCAGGAAUCUGUAGAACAAAACCCUUCCCAGAUAUUCCAGUCAAUCCAGGAAAAUUAAAUGGGGGAAAAUAUUCUGAGGAAGUUUGAGACAAAGAAGUCGGAUUACAAGGAGGCUAAAGAGACAGGACUGAGGGGAACUGAAUUAGCCUCAGUAUGAAGGCUAAUUGCAGCUAGAGCACAAACAUGAAGUGAAAUUUGGUGUAUCAUGAGGACAUUUCAAUUCAACUCUCAGGCUGUGACCUGUGAAUUACAGAACAGAGAGGAAUAUCAGAGGGUAGCACCUAAAUAACUGUUCACACAAGGAUACUCAAACAUAGCUGGAAACUCUCUGCAUAGCUGAAACACUGAAUUAGGUUAACAGGUCACAUUUUACCUCUCAGGAAUUGCUUCCUGCUCCAACCAAAAGAGAUGCCCACAGAAGGAUUCAAUGGCAAUUACAUGGCACAUACACGGGUUGCUAACUGUGUCCAUGAACUGCAAAUGAAUGGAGUCAUGGUUAUGACCCUGUAAUUAAGGUCACUAAUGCUGACCCCUUCUGCUCUUGUCUAAGCUUGCUUCUCAGUUGACUUUGACUCAUGGAACCAAUUGGGAAUUGGGACAGGCUCCCGACCAACGACAGCAUCAACGAGAUCAUCCUCAAGAACAGCUCCAAUUCCAGCUCUCAGUUUACAGGAGUCCAGCUGAUCCAGUCCUUCAAGCCCCUCAUCAUCCCCUGCUACACCUUGGUGGUGCUGAUUGGCAUCUUCGGCAACUAUCUUCUCCUCUACGUCAUCUGUAGGACCAAAAAGAUGCACAAUGUCACCAACUUCUUCAUUGGGAACUUGGCUUUCUCAGAUAUGCUGAUGUGUGCAACGUGUGUUCCUUUUACCCUGGCCUAUGCCUUCAACCCACAGGGCUGGAUCUUUGGGAAGUUCUUGUGUUACUUUGUGUUCCUGAUGCAGCCUAUGACUGUCUAUGUGUCUGUCUUCACCCUCACAGCUAUUGCUGUAGACAGGUACUAUGCCACGGUGCACCCGCUGAAGAAACGCAUCUCGGUCACCACCUGUGUGUAUGUGGUGGGUGGAAUCUGGUUGCUGUCCUGUGCACUGGUGGCCCCUGCCAUCGCCCACACAUACCACGUGGAGUUCCAGAAGGAGGGCUUUGCCAUCUGCGAGGAGUUCUGGAUGGAGGAGGAGAAGGAGCGCUUGGCCUAUGCCUACAGUACCCUGAUCAUCACCUACAUCCUACCCCUCUCAGCUGUCUCCCUCUCGUACAUCUGCAUUACAGUCAAGCUGAAGAACCGUGUAGUGCCUGGUCACCCAACGCAAAGCCAGACAGAGUUUGACCGGGUGAGGAAGAGGAAGAUCUUCCGGCUCAUUGUGCUGGUGGUGGCUGCCUUUGGGAUCUGCUGGCUCCCCAUCCACGUCUUCAACAUCAUUCGUGACAUAGACAUCAAUCUCAUCAACAAGCACUACUUCCUGCUCAUCCAGCUGCUCUGCCACUGGUUUGCCAUGAGCUCCUCCUGCUGCAACCCCUUCCUCUACGCCUGGCUGCAUGACCGCUUCCGCAGUGAGCUGAAGAAGAUGUUCACCUUCAAGCAGAAAAUCAUCCCCACUAAUAACUGCGUAGCCGUGAGCGUGAUGCUCUGAGGCCUGGAACCUAGUUUCUCUGCUCUCUGAUGGUCUCGCAUUCCUCUCACCCUUUGCAUCCCAAACUGAUACACACAAGAAUCAGCAUAGCCACUUCCUGAAAUGCUGGCUUCUCCCAGGUGGAAGGCUGUGACUAUUUGUGUUUAACAGCAGCCAACCAGAUUCUGUUACAUGAAGUGAAUGAUGCUGUAUUCCACCACAAUUGCAUUAGGAGUUUGGGAUUUUAAAUUACAGAAGUAGUAUGUGCCCUAGUUCUUGCAAAAAGUGCCACCAGGUCUUUAAUGUGUGCAAACCUGGGGUCCUCGGGUUUCUGCCUCAUCUGCUCCAGAAGUAUCAUGUCCUUUAGAACGUGAUGAAGCUCAGUACUCACUCAGAAGAAAAAGCACAGGGUAUCUCCACAUCUGCAUGGUCCCCAGAUGUCACCCGUCCAAGAACUGAACUUUAAGAAGAGGAAGUGCUUUUUUACCCAAAGCAUGAUCAGCCUGAGGAACGCACUAUCACAAGGCAUCUUUGAGGUACAGAACAUAGCAGAUUUCAGAAUAAGGAUACCCAGAACACUAGACUGGACCAAAAUAUCAAAGGGAUACAGACCGUCAUGCGUAAGCCAAGCACUAACUACAGAUGGUCAGGAAGACAUUUUUCCAGGGGCACUGUACUACAUAACUGUCCAUUGUGGGGGUUUACACUUUCCUCAGAUGCGUCUAGUAUUGUCCACUGUGGCAGACAAGAUUGUGGACUAGCUGGAUCUCAGGUCUGGUUCGGUCUGUCAGUUCCUAUGUUUGUACAGCCUGCUUGCUUUGUUGGAUAUGACACCAUAAGCAUGAGCAGCAUCACUUCAGGGCAAUAGCCUGGAAAAAAGUGGAUUUGUGUCUAAUGGUAAUGUGGGUAUAUGUGAACAAAUACUGCACCAUAUUCAGCCCUGCAUAUAUGGGUGCACAACCCCCACCUCCCCUGAUUGAGUUAAAUAGAAACUGCUCCUCCAUUCAGCUGGCAUGAAAGGCUGACUUAUUGUGCAUAGUUCGUU